AAAUGAUAAUAACUUUAAGCUCUCUCUUUGUAGAAGAGGGGUACGUACUAGCUCUUUAUAUACUCAUACUCCUCUGCUUCUUAAUUCCUAGUGCCCCUUCUUGUGACAUAAUCAUGUCCAUGGCUAAGUACUUGAGGCUCUGCUACCAAUACUUCUUCGACAACCUCGUCACCGUGCUGCUGUUGCCGACCUUCGCCGUCGCGCUGUUUAAAGUCCUCUGUCUCACCUCCGAUGAGCUCGGCGCACUUUAUUCUUUAGUCGACUCCGUGGACGCCUUCUACGUCGUGCUUUACUCCUUUGCGCUCAUCUUCUUGGCCACCAUCUACUUCAUGUCGCGCUCCCGCCCCGUCUACCUCGUCGACUUCGUGUGCUUCAAGCCGCCCGCGGAGUUGCGGUUCUCGACCGAGAAGUUCAUGAAGCACUCGAGCCUCAUGCUUGACUUCGACCCGUCGAACGUCGAGUUCCAGCGGAAGAUCCUCGAGCGGUCCGGGCUGGGGGAGGACACUGCCCUCCCCCCCGCGCAACAUGCCGUCCCCUACGCCCCGUCGAUGACCGCUUCGCGGGACGAGGCGGAGCUUGUCCUGUUCUCCCUCGUCGACUCGCUGUUCAAGAAGACUAAGAUCAAGCCGAGGGAUAUUGACAUCCUCGUCGUGAACUGCAGCCUCUUUUCACCAACCCCGUCGCUUUCCGCCAUGAUCGUAAAUAGAUACAAGAUGCGGAGCGAUGUGCGGAGCUACAACCUGUCGGGGAUGGGGUGCAGCGCGGGGCUGAUCUCGAUCGAUCUGGCGCGCGACGAGCUGCAGGUGCACCAGAGCGCGUAUGCGCUGGUGUUGACGACGGAGAUCAUCAGCGAGCACUGGUACACCGGCAACGAUCGGUCGAAGCUGGUGGCCAACUGCCUCUUCCGCAUGGGCGGCGCGGCGGUGCUCCUCACCAACAAGCGCCGCGAGGGGUGGCGCGCCAAGUACGAGCUCCUCCACCUCGUGCGCACCCACAAGGGGGCCGAUGACACCUCGUACCACUGCGUGUUCCAGGAGGAGGACGAGGUCGGCAAGGCGGGCAUCUUGCUGUCGAAAGACCUGAUGGCGAUCGCGGGCGGUGCGCUGAAGGCAAACAUCACGACGAUCGGUCCGCUGGUGCUGCCGCUGUCGGAGCAGAUCCUCUUCUUCCUGAGCGUCGCCGGGCGAAAGCUGAUCAACCCCAAGUGGCGGCCGUACGUGCCGGACUUCACGAAGGCGUUCGAGUACUUCUGCAUACACGCGGGCGGGCGGGCGGUGAUCGAGGAGCUGGCGAGGAACCUGCGGCUGAGCGAGGAGCAGGUGGAGGCAUCGCGGAUGACGCUGCACCGCUUCGGGAACACGUCGUCGAGCUCGCCGUGGUACGAGCUCGGCUACGUGGAGGCGAAGGGGAAGAUGCGGAGGGGCGACCGCGUCUGGCAGAUCGGCCUCGGCAGCGGCUUCAAGUGCAACAGCGCCGUCUGGAGGUGCCUGCGUGCCGUCCCGAAGGACGACCACAGCGCCUGGGCCGACUGCAUCGGCAAAUACCCGGUGCCGGUCACGCCGGUAUAAUUUACCACCCUAGUUAAUUAAUUAUACUGCUUUAAGAUUUGAAUACGUACUGCUUUAAGAUUGGAGUGCUGUAUACAGUCGAGAUUGAUGGCAAAUUACGCCAUCUAUCUAUCCUCCUAGCUAAUAGUUAUGCAUUGAUGAUUUAAAGAUACGUACGUAGGUUAUAGAAAGAAAGAAUUAAAUUGCAAGAAAAAGGAAGCUACAUGCAUGGUUCGAUACUGAUUAAUUAACGUCGAAUAAUAUUGCUCCUAUAUUUAUAGUA